GGAUGAAACAAAUAAAUGAAAGAAGCCAGACUCGUGUUAACCGUCACGGCACGAACGGAUCCAGAGAGAACAGGCAACCUCCCCUGGGAUCCGGCAACCCAAGAAGUCGUUUAGCAUGAUAAACUCUUUCUCCGAGGUAUAACUGUAGAUCUCCGUAUUAUCGGAAGUAAACAAGAAAAGAAAUGGAGUACAGAAAAAUCAAAGGAGAGGAUGACGAUAGAGAUGCGGGCGUUGAAGAUGUUGAGAAAUUACGUGGAAAACCACUUUCGCUCUCAGAUAAUGUGGCCGCUAUAGGAGAAUCAAGAAUUGACAGAGCAAAGUGGAAACGCAAGUCAGUCGUUACUCUUGCGUUGACUGUUCUUACAAGUUCACAAGCCAUCCUUAUUGUUUGGUCCAAAAGAGCUGGCAAAUAUGAGUAUAGCGUGACUACUGCGAACUUUUUGGUGGAGACUUUGAAAUGUGCUAUAUCCCUCAUAGUCUUAGGAAAAAUAUGGAGAACAGAAGGCGUUACUGAGGAUAACAGGUUGACCACAACAUUAGAUGAAGUUAUAGUGUAUCCCAUUCCAGCAGCUCUUUACCUGGUUAAAAAUUUGCUCCAGUAUUACAUCUUUGCAUAUGUAGAUGCUCCUGGUUAUCAAAUAUUGAAGAAUUUAAACAUCAUCAGUACUGGCAUCCUUUACAGGAUUAUUCUUAAGAAAAGGUUAAGUGAGAUUCAGUGGGCUGCUUUUAUUCUACUCUGUGCUGGGUGCACCACUGCUCAGUUGAAUACAAAUUCUGAUCGUGUUCUUCAAACUCCCUUUCAAGGUUGGAUUAUGGCCAUCAUCAUGGCGCUCUUGAGUGGUUUUGCAGGAGUAUAUACGGAGGCUAUUAUUAAGAAGCGUCCUUCCAGAAACAUUAAUGUUCAAAACUUCUGGUUGUAUAUCUUUGGCAUGGCCUUCAAUGCUGUUGCCAUAUUGAUUCAAGAUUUUGAUGCAGUGAUGAACAAGGGGUUUUUCAAUGGAUAUUCUUUAAUCACCAUUCUCAUGAUUCUCAACCAUGCGCUCAGUGGUAUUGCUGUAUCAAUGGUAAUGAAGUAUGCUGACAACAUUGUGAAGGUGUAUUCUACUUCAGUGGCAAUGCUACUUACUGCGGUGGUUUCUGUUUUUCUCUUUGGCUUCCAUCUCUCCCUUGCCUUCUUCCUUGGCACAAUUGUUGUCUCUGUUGCAAUAUAUCUGCAUUCCGCCGGGAAGAUGCAAAGAUAGGCGGGGCUUCUGCCAUCCAUUUGCCAAUGCUGCACCUUUGUAUUCGAGUCGUUGUGGGCUCCUUUAAAGUGAAUUCCCUAAAUUACCAAUUUAUUGCCUCAGAUUUUAUUAUGAUAUAGUUCCGUGAAGAUCUCCGAAUAGACAAUAGGUGGGUGAUGCGAUUGAGUCUGUGAUGCCUCAGCAAACUCGAUUGAGUUCCAUAUUGUGCUCCAGCUAAUGUGAAAAUGAGGCUAGGAUCAAAUAUUGCGCCGUUGUAACGCUCCCUAUUCAAGGUCACCCGCAGCAUGUCUGCUU